AUGGCCCGUGGUCUGUCAAAGCUUUAUGCUUUGGUCCCUUUGUUGGCUGCCGGCUUAGCCGCUGCACAGUUCGUUCCUGCGCCCACCGAUUUGACGACCAAGGAAGGGUACGCGGGUGUCAAUGUACGAUACAAGCAGGUCCCCGAGGGUAUCUGCGAAUUGGACCCCAAUGUCAAGAGCUAUUCAGGCUACGCGGAUGUCGGCAAGGAUCAGCAUGUCUUCUGGUGGUUCUUCGAGGCUCGCAACCAGGAUCCUAGCGAAGCGCCGCUGACUGUAUGGAUCAAUGGUGGCCCUGGGUCUUCGUCUAUGAUUGGACUGUUCCAGGAACUGGGACCAUGCGGCAUCGGACCAGAUCUCAAGCCUUUCAACAAUCCCUAUUCGUGGUCGAAUGUGAGCAACAUGCUCUUCAUCGACGAGCCGACGACUGUCGGCUUCUCUUAUACGAUUCCUAUCCCAGGCUACAAGGAUAAUAACGGGCUCAUCAUUCAGCUUCCCAACGCAACUUGUCCUGAAUAUGCUGAGUCGUACGACUCGUGCGGCACAUACUCGAAGCCAGACUUUGCCCUAACCGCCAACAGCACUGCCGGAGCUGCACCGAACAUGUGGAAGACACUGCAGGGUUUUAUGGGUGCUUUCCCCGAGUACUCACGCAAGGGGUUCAACUUCGCUACGGAGAGCUACGGAGGACACUAUGCGCCCAUCUUCAAUGCCUACUUCCUCGACCAGAACAAGAAAAACAUUCCUGGUGCGCACAAGAUCGACCUUGAGAAUGUUCUGAUUGGCAAUGGCUGGUUUGAUCCUCUCGUGCAGUACCAAGCCUACUACAAUUUCUCCGUGUUCCCGGGUAACACGUAUGAUUACGAUCCAUACAACGCCUCUGUCAAGGCUGAGUGGUACAACAACCUGUACGGUGAGGGUAACUGCGUUGAUCGGAUCAAGCAGUGCUACGCGACUGGGGAAAACGCAAUAUGUGAAAGCGCAGACAGCUUCUGCGCCAACAAGGUCGAGACCUUGUAUGACAUCUACAGCGGACGAGACGAGUACGACAUGCGCUACCUGACACCGUCUCCCUUCCCGUACUCCUAUUUUGUCAACUACCUCAACACACCGGAAGUGCAGAAAGCCAUUGGCGCCUACCAAAACUUCUCUGAAAGCUCCGGCACGGUGUCGUCGGCGUUUGGCAACACUGGCGACGACAAUCGCGAAUCCGGCACCAUAGAGGCGUGCAGGAAGCUGCUUGAUGCUGGCGUGCAGCUCACGCUGUAUUUUGGAGAUGCCGAUUACAAUUGCAACUUCCUAGGUGGACAGGUCAUUGCCGAUGAGAUUGCAGCGUCCGGCUACGAUGAUGCUGGUUAUGUCAACAUGUCGACAUCUGACAAGAUCGUGCACGGUCAGGUCAGGCAGUCUGGCCUCUUCUCUUUCGUUCGAAUCUACGAGUCAGGACACGAAGUACCAUUCUACCAGCCUCUCGCAUCGCUUGAGAUGUUUGAGCGUGUUCUGAAGCAGGUCGACAUCGCUACUGGCAAACACAAGCUGGAUGCUGGGUACAAGACAGUUGGAACGCCAACGAGUACGUACCGUCAGGGCAACGCAACUAUACAGUUCGAUGUCACCCCCGCCAAUGCGACAUACAACACAGCACUUAAUGCUCCCGACCCAGAGCCAACGUGGAUGGCGGAGGCGGUAGCGAAGAACAAGAUGAAGAGGUCGAUGCGCAAGCUGGGACGGCCGAGGAUGUCGAAGGGUGGAAAGCUUCUCGCGUAG